UCUUCACUUCAAUAUACACAUAGAAGACGAUCUCCUGCUUCAAUAUUUCUCAGUCCAUAUUAUUUAAUUUCUUCUUUUAAAAUCCGUAAAAAAUGGCACGUGUCAUCGCCGCAUUGGUGAUGGUACUAGUGGCAUGGCUAGCACAUUUGUGUUCAUUGGCAUAUGGGGACAGUUAUGUUAGAAAUGCAUGCAGUGUGACUCAGUAUCCUGAUCUUUGCAUGCAUUCUCUAUCUUCAUUUUCGAGCACGGCCAAGGACAGCCCUACCAAGUGGGCUCGGGCCGGGGUUUCGGUAACCAUCAAUGAGGCUAAGAGGGUUGCUCGGUACUUGGUGAAGUUGAAGAAAGGUGGGACUAUUACAGGAGGAAGAAACCGAGGUGCUCUUUCGGACUGCAUCGAGUGCUUGCAGGACACAGUGGACAAUCUUCAUAGGUCACUUGGUGUGCUGAGGAAGCUCAACGGGCAGACUUUUGGAUCUCAGAUGGGUGAUGUCACUACUUGGGUGAGUGCUGCUCUUACUGAUGAAGAUACUUGUUUGGAUGGGUUUGAUGGGCAAAGGGGAAAGAAAGCUAACUUGGUGAGAAAUAGGGUUUCAAAGAUUAGCUGUAUCACCAGUAAUGCAUUGGCUCUUGUUAACAAACUGGCAACUUCUGGCCCAGAAACCCUAGAUAAUUGAUCCAUAGAUGUUGAAGGGAUUUUGUCACAUGUAAGCACAUAAUAUAUAUAUAUAUAUAGGAAUGUAUGUAUGUAUGUAUGCGUGUAAAACUAGAUUGGGAAGUUUGAUUCACGAACUGUUUAGUUAAUUAGUAAUCUUAUAAGAGAAUUGCCUACGCCUAGAUGACCAGUUGGAUGCUGAUUGAAGUGCAUCGAUGAUGGAAGCGUCUCAGCAUGACGUAAUAAAGCCCACUCAAGCUUGAAAAAGAUCUAAAAUCUUCAAUGUUUAAUUAGUGGUCUCAACUGUUACUACAAUUAGUUUUAUGUAUAACUAUGGCAUCAAUCUUGUAUGACAAAUAAGCUAUCCUCUCUUUGACAGCCAGGUGGUGAUGUUAUUGGGAGUGCUCUAUAUCUCAUUUCAAAAGUAAUUUAUCAAAACACCACCAAAUGUUGUCAAAAGUAAUUUAUCA